AUGUCUGACAACCCCACUGAAGCCAAGCCCGAGGAGCAACUGUUUGACAAGGAUGGAAAUCCCAAAAUAAGAGACUCUAAAGGUCGCUUGGUAUCUCAGAAAAAAGCCAACCAGCCGUACUUGGCGUACCAAAAGCACCGAGAAGAAGAAGCCAAACGCGCCGAGGCUAAAGCUGAACGUAAACGCAUACGCGCAGAAAAGAUUGCGCGAGGCGAAGACCCUGGGCCGGAUGAAGAUCCAGAGAACCUGAGACAACUCGUGACCGGGAGCUUGGUUUGGGGCGCCAAGGGACGUUUGGUCGAUGUGAGGCGCUGGUGGCCAACGCAGAAAACGAUGUUUAGUGAGGCUCAGCUGGCCAAGUUCGAUGGGAGUGAUCCGUUGAAACCUGUUUACAUUGCUAUCGAUGGCGAUGUAUACGACGUAAGUGAAGGGAGGAGGAUCUAUGGGCCUGGAGGAUCGUAUCAUUCGUUUGCAGGAAAAGAUGCGGCUCGCGCAUAUACCACCGGAUGCUUCCAAACCCACCUAACCCAUGAUACCAGAGGUUUGAACGAAAAAGAGCUUGGGGUAAGGGGGAAUUUGCACUGGAUCGGGACAAAUGUUCUAACCACCUCAAUAGUCUUUGACCCAUUGGAAGAACUUUUUCGCGAAGCACGAAAGUAUAGGCAUAUUGGAUGGGUUAACCACCCACCUAUCGACCCAAAUACACCUCCACCGGUUCAUUGUGACGAGGAGCGUGCUGCAGCUGAUAGAGCUGAGGCUGCAAAGGCAGCAGCAGUUCGUGGAGCUGUUCCACUACCAGUCAAGGAAGGAAACUCUAAGCAUGCUGAAAAGGCAAAGGAAGAACUGUAG